UUUGCAUGACUCAAUGAAUGAGUGGGUUUCAUCUUUCGGAAUGAUGAGCAAGUUGGACAGUGUUCUUCUGACCCAGAGGAAGUUCAUCUACCACUACACGAAUGUCCGCUGGGCCCGUGGGAGGAAUGAGACCUACCUCUGCUUCGUGAUCAAGAGACGCCACGGUCCCGACUCGCUGUCCUUCGACUUCGGCCACCUGCGCAACCGCUCCGGCUGCCAUGUGGAGCUCCUCUUCCUGCGCCACCUGGGGGCACUGUGCCCAGGACUGUGGGGCGCGGGUGCGGACGGCGUGAGGGUGGGCUACGCUGUCACCUGGUUCUGCUCGUGGUCACCCUGCUCAGACUGCGCCCAGCAUCUCGCCCGCUUCCUGUCCCAGACGCCCAACCUGCGGCUGCGCAUCUUCGUCUCCCGUCUCUAUUUCUGUGACCAGGAGGACAGCCGGGAGAGAGAGGGACUACGGAACUUACAACGGGCCGGGGUGCAAAUAUCUGUCAUGACCUAUAAAGAUUAUUUCUACUGCUGGCAGACGUUUGUGGCUCGCAAGGACAGAUGUUUUAAAGCUUGGAAUGACCUCCACCAGAACUCUGUCAGACUGUCCCGCACGCUGCACCGCAUCCUUCAGCCCCGUGAAAGUGAAGAUAUGAGGGAUGGCUUUACGCUGCUGGGUCUUUGAUGGAGAUUCUGAGAUUCUGGCAAGAGAAUAGCCUAAAGAUGAUGGUGCUGUGAUACUGAAUCCUGAGACUUGAAUUUUAUUCACUUUUAUUCUAUAGCAUUACCCUUUCUUUCUUUCUUUUUUUUUUUUAUAAACUCACUG